AUGGGCAGCAUAGCACGUUCGGUGACAGCAUAUUUUAUGCGCUCUUCACGCAAAGAAUGGAUGGAUUAUUUUAUGUCAACUCAUUUUUGGGGACCUGUCGCCAACUGGGGACUACCGUUGGCGGCGAUUGCUGACCUGAAAAAAGAUCCUGACAUGAUAUCAGGUUCGUGUUGGUUGAAGGCGAUUUUGUGCUUUGUUGUUUUUUGGAGGAGAGGAACUCAGCAGCGAUAG